AUGCGUAACAUUACAAUGUCUAGCGCACUGACGCGGGCAAAGCCAAACUGCUUCAUUCACUUCCACCAGAUCGAGCGCAAGGCCAAGAUCCAUGGUGCGGAUGCGAUGAGCCUCAUGGAGAGCUUCCAGAAGGGCGUGGUAGGCUUUCAGCUGAGCCCCGCUGAGCGCAGCGCAACUUGCAACCUCCUCGUGCACAUGACCCCAGCGCAGCGCGUCCACCUGGCCAAGAUCGGCUCCACUUACGGGAUGGCUAGGGGCCCUUUCAGCCACGCUGCCAUUGGGUCCAAGGGCAUGAGAACUGGCUGGAAACCUCAGUGCGAGUCUCCGUGGUGGCAGGAGCGCAUGGGCAACACAACAGAAACUGUGGACCUCAUCAUCGACCGCAUCCUGAAAGCAUGGCAGAAUCUCCCAAGCGGUUUGCGGAAAACCGCAGAGGACGCAACUGUGCUCCACACGCAGAAGGUGGUCAGGACCUUUCAGUUGCACCUGGAGGACUUGCAGUCCCAGCUCCCUGCGGAGGCCUUCGCUGCUGAGAAGGCGAAGUUGAUGGAGGCUUUCAUGCUUGGGGGGAUGGAUGAUGCUUUGAAGCAGCAAGCAGACGCGCAGCCUGUGCUAGACUGCUCGACUAUCCCCGAGUUCAAGGCCGUGCUUGAACGGCAAGAGUCCCAGUUUGUCAUCGCUGCUGCAAACAAGCGGCAGGAGCUGAAGAAGCAGCUGGAGUCUGCAACCUUUCUUUCGUUGAUGGAAGACCUGAAGCACGACAAGGACAAAGUGUCCACCUUCGCGACCAAGCUGCAGCUUGCGAGGUCAAACUGGGGCCAGGCGGUUCAGGCGUACAAGCGCGCGCGGAGGAACAAGGGCGUGGAGCGCAUCACGCACCUCAUGCGCUCCAGGUUGGACAUCAAGCUGAUUCAGGAGAAUGGCUUAGUGGACUUGCCCAGGCUGUACAACCUCUUCAAGGUGACCGCUCUGCAGGACAUGCCAACGAUCGCGGCUGACGCAACGCAGUGGGCUAAGUUGGUGCGCGUGGCAUGCGUUUCAAGGGAGACCCUGGUCGUCCUCGACUUUGGCCUCUCCCCGAACCUCACGGAUAUGAUCAAAUGCGUGCAGGCAGCUGAGAACAUUGCCCACCAGUCGCCAAACAACGCCAUCCUCGUGAGGUACCCCAUCAAGUACACAUCGCAAAGCAUGGCUACCUGGCUCAACUUCUGCCGCAAAAUAGAGGACAAGCUGCUCUCGGCGGGGCUGGACAUUGAGGGCUCCAUCAGUGCAACGUUUGAUUUGUCAAACACCCACGGCAAUGACAAGAGAGAGGGCACGUUCAUGAUUCGCCUGUGUGUGUCGUCAGCCUUUCAGGAAACAUCUCCAUGGCUGUCCUGCAAGGCGUUCACCCAGCACCGCUGCAUCAACAAUGUGCCGCUGAUUCCGGUCAAGGAUAUGCAGUUGAUCCCUCAAGCUGACUUGACCAAGACAAAGGAGCACUUGAGCCCUGCUGAGCGAGCUGCCCAACUGGGGCCCCGCGCCUGCAGGCAGGUGCUUGAGGCUGUCCUCCUUGGCCGAGCCACCUCGGAUUCAUGCAGAAGCAGGAGGGUGGUAGUUGUGGAUGCGUGUCCCACGUUUGGAGACUGGAUGGCAGCUUCUUGGGGCCUGCACGCUGCGUGGCUGCAAGGGGAAGAGAGCCCUUGCGUGGUGUACAUGAGUGCCUACACUUCAGACUGCGCAUCACAGCAUGCUGGCAUGAAGGCCCGCGUCCAAGGCAUGUUGCUGGAUGAAUGGUGGAACUCCCAAGUGGAAGCGGGCCCGUCUGAGCCAGGGCACACAGCAGAAGAGGCCGUCGAAAAGCCCGAGCUUCGCUUGUUGGCCUGGUCGGGCGACCAAUGCCGCGUGCAACUCCCAUCCAUGGCGCGAAACAAGUUUGAGGAGGAGAGCGAAUUUUUCGCCCAAUGGGACGCAGCCUGCGUGUCCACGGAGGGCAUCAUGCGAAAGCUGAACGAUAUGAAUUCCCAGGAAACUGGCACCAAGACUCCUUCCGGACCUCCUAGUGGGCCUGUUGAUCUUCCAGGCCCAGACCUUUCCGGGGAGAGCGUGACAUCGUUGAAGGCUGCGCUUGAUAUCGAAGCUGUGGACCAAAGUAGCAUUAACACAGCUGAUGUGCACCCAGGCUGCAAGAUCCAAAACACCGUCCCCUAUUUUGGUGUGGGUCAAAACAAAACCACCUCGGCUUUUUUUGAACCACCGUCAGGUCGUUUGUGGAGUCAUAUCCAAAUCAAUUCCCGUUCCUGGAGGCAUUCGUUUGGGCUGACUGGAGCUCUCUGA